AUGGCGCACAAGACCUUCCUUGAACGCGAACCGUACACGGCGCCUACGUGGGCGACGGAGCUAGCGAACGCGCCCAAGGAGCGCGUCGUUCUCGGCAACUUUCCGACGCCUAUCUACCCCUUCCGGCCGCCGGGACUGCCCGCCGACGUCACCAUGUAUAUCAAGCGCGAUGACUACAGCGGCCUUGAGAUCUCCGGCAACAAGGCGCGAAAGCUUGAAUUUUUGCUGGCGGAGGCGCUCGCACAAGGCGCAGACUGUGUCGUCACAUGCGGCGGAAUCCAAAGCAACCACUGUCGCGCGACUGCUGUCGCUGCGCGCAUGCUUGGCUUGGACGCUACGAUCAUCUUGCGCGCGGAUGACCCAACGGCGGACCCCGGUCUCGUCGGUAACCUGCUCAUUGACCGUCUUGUGGGUGCCGAGCUUCUCAUGGUGUCGCGGAGUGACUACGCGAAGCACGGUGGUGGUGAUUACUUCAUCGAGAAAACCUGCGAGCGCCUCCGCGCGCAGGGCCGCAAGCCGUACGGGAUCCCUGUCGGUGGCAGCAACGGUGUUGGGACGUGGGGCUACAUCGAAAGUAUUGAAGAGAUGGAGCACCAAAUCCAGCACUUGAAACUUGGCGUGACGGACGUGGCGUUUGCCUGCGGGAGCGGUGGGUCCGCAGCCGGUAUUGGUGCUGGCGCGUUCCUCUACGCCAAGCAUCACCCGUCGAGCGCGCUGCAGUUCCACACCAAGCCCCCUGUGCAUUCGUACAUUGUGUGCGACUCGCCGACGUACUUUUACGAUUACAUCGACACCAAGAUUCUGCCGCACAUGGGUCUGGCCUCGGGCUCGUUCGGUUCGCGCGACUUUCUCCAAAUGACGAACGCAAUGGGUGUCGGGUAUGCGCUCAGCACGCAGGACGAGCUCGCGUACAUUUCGCGCGUCGCUCGCGACACAGGUGUGCUCUUGGACCCGGUGUAUUCGGGCAAGGCCCUCUACUUGCUCGUCAAGGAUCUCCAGUCGCAACCCGAGAAAUUUGCGGGCAAAAGCAUCUUGUUUGUGCACACGGGAGGCAUGUUUGGCCUCUACGACAAGGUCUCCGAGCUUGAUACGGCAGCGAUUGGCGCUCCGUCGCUCUUCCAGUUUGACGCGUAA